CAGACGGUGUGGCAGGCACUGCUGAGGAGCCUGUGCAAUGAAAGCAGACGCUUGUGGGUUCCUCCACCAGUACGACAAGGCGAGGAUGCCCGUGUGUCGGUUCUUUCGGCUGUAUGGGGAGUGCAGGGAGCAGGACUGUGUUUAUAAGCACACUAAUGACGAUAUCAAAGAGUGCAACAUGUACAAAUUGGGUUUUUGCCCAAAUGGGCCUGACUGUCGUUAUAGGCAUGUAAAACAGCCUGGACCACCUCCCACUGUAGAAGAAGUUUUUCAGAAGAUUCAACAUUUGAGUUCAUUCAACUAUGGUUCUGGAAAUAGAUUCUUCCAACACAAGAACACUGGAUAUAAUCAACAAGCUGAGAGGCCUCAGUUUCCUCAAGGUCCAGCAGUGGCAAAUCAGCCCACAGCAGUGAGGCCACCCACUACAGUUGAACCACCAAGCAUGCAACAGCAACAACCGCAAACACAGCAGUCUCAACCUCAACAUGUUAGAGAGAAUCAGGUGCAGAGCGUGCCAAAUGGCUCAUCAAACCUAGCCAAUAGAGCUGCUUCACCGCUUCCUCAAGGGCAAUCUAGGUAUUUUAUUGUUAAAAGUUGCAACCGAGAAAAUCUGGAAAUUUCUGUUCAGCAAGGUGUUUGGGCAACCCAAAGGAGUAAUGAAGCUAAAUUAAAUGAAGCUUUUGAAUCUACAGAGAAUGUUAUUUUAAUAUUCUCAGUCAACAGAACUCGGCAUUUCCAGGGAUGUGCUAAGAUGACAUCUAAAAUUGGUGGGUUUAUUGGUGGAGGGAACUGGAAGUAUGCACAUGGAACAGCACAUUAUGGCCGGAAUUUUUCAGUCAAAUGGUUAAAGUUGUGCGAGCUGUCAUUCAAUAAAACACAUCAUCUCAGGAAUCCAUAUAAUGACAACCUACCAGUGAAGAUAAGUCGUGAUUGCCAGGAGCUGGAGCCUUUUAUUGGUGAGCAGUUGGCUUCUAUGCUUUAUCUUGAACCAGAUAGUCAACUCAUGGAAAUGUUAAUAGCUGCUGAAUCCAAGCGGGAAGAGGAGAAAGCAAAAGGAGUGAGCAAUGACGAUGCAUCAGAUAACCCAGAUAUAGUGCUGUUCGAGGAUAAUGAAGAAGAAGAAGAAGAAGAAGAGAGUGAAGAAGAGGAGGAUAGCAUAGGACAGGGUGGGGCGCAAGGGAGAGGGAGGGGGAGGGGAGGGAUGAUGUGGCAAGGCCACAUGCCCAUGGCCCGUGGAGGAAGGCCAUUCCUCCGUGGGUUUCCUCCUGUAAUGAUGGGCGGUGAUGGGUUUGGGUACCCUGACAGCUUUGGGACACCAGACAUGUUUGGUGUUCCUCCAAGGGGGAUGAUGUUUGGAGGCUAUGGCCCUAGAUUUGGCGGUGGUGACUUUGGUGGAGGUGGGAUGAUGUUUCCUGGUAGACCUCCCCAGCCUGGACCUGUCUUUCCAAUGGGAAUGGGGGGUAUGAUGAUGGGAAAUGCUAACAGGCCACCGUUCAUGGGCGGAAUGCCAGGAGGCAUGGGUCGGCCUGGUCGACCAUCACAGUUAUCGCCUUUCCUCCAUCCUCAGCCACCACCACUACCUAACAACAACAACAACCGAAUUGUGAAGAAGGAACAGAGUCGAACGGCAAACGACAGCAGAUAUGAGGUAGCAACUGAAGGUGGUGGCGGGGAUAAGUUUGUGGGAUCAAGGAGCAGUCUUCAAAAUGAGGAGAGCGAGAGCGAGGAUGAGGCGGCACCAAGGAGAUCAAGGUAUGGAGAGGGUAGUAAGAAGAAACGAUGGGAAUCUGAGGCUGAAGCAGGUUCAGAACAGUGGGAGACACCGGGGCCUGAGCCUCAGAAUCAAUGAGGACGAUGGUGCUAAGAAGAAGAAGAAGAAGAAGAAAGACUAGUCUGAAGUAACUUCAGAAUCAACGAGGAGAGGCAACAGCGGCUGAACCAGCUCGAAACAACGAGGAGAGUUUUCUUUGGAAUCUCUCGGAUGUUUUUUUAUAAAAAUUUUCUUUAUAAUGUAAUAUUGUUCAUCCAUGUCAUUCCAUCAUGUGCUUGGGAGGUUGAGAGACUGUUCAUGGUUUCUGACUUUCGAGGGGAUGCUGUUUACAAACGUGAUAGAUGUGUAUAUUACUGCCUAUGGCAUGAAGCGACCAACCUUAAUAUACAAUGGAGCCUAUGGCAUGACAAUAUAUUAUGAAAACUGUAGAUGUUACAUCGCA